GUAUCUUGCAUCUCACAGCCUCACAGCCACAGCCACUUGCUAGCUAGCGCCUGAGUGUAUCUCACAGUAUCGGUGCCGUACGCUCAUUGUUCCCCCCUCCUCUUCUCUUGGCUCUUGCAUCCGCUGUCUGUGUCUUCACAUCAGUUGGCCGCCCGGACUCAUCUCCUCCGGCUCCGGUCUCGAUCCAUUUCAUCAGUGUCGGCGACGUCGUCCUACGCCGCUAGUCCGUCUGCGGUGAGUUUGGUUCUGUGACCAGCAGCUCAUCAAAAGAGGUUAGGUCUGCACCGCCGCCGUCCUCGCCAGAGAAGAAGAAGAAAAAGGAACACACGCACGUACUUUAUUCAGGAGAUAUGGUGAAUACGACAGCGGGCGUGAACAAGGUCGCGGCCCAGGGUGGGGGUCUGCGGCUGGCGUCGCUGAACCACAUCUCGGUGGUGUGCCGGUCGCUGGAGAGCUCGCUGGCGUUCUACUGCGACGUCCUCGGCUUCUUCCCCAUCCGCCGCCCGGGAUCCUUCGACUUCGACGGCGCAUGGCUAUUCAACUUCGGGAUCGGCGUGCAUCUGCUGCAGGCCGAGGACCCAGAGGGCAUGCCGCCCAUGAAGACAGAGAUCGACCCCAAGGACAACCACAUCUCCUUCACGUGCGAGAGCUUGGAGGUGGUGCAAUGGCAGCUCAAGGAGAUGGGCAUCCGGUAUGUGCAACGGCGGGUGGAGGAGGGUGGUAUCCACGUUGACCAACUCUUCUUCCAUGACCCCGAUGGUUUCAUGAUUGAGGUCUGCACCUGCGACAACCUCCCCAUCAUCCCACUCGUGCCUGGGCCGCCAUGCAAGAGAGCGGUGCCGGAUCUGCCACCGGCGAAAUCAGUCGGCGGAGGCGGAUGGGUCGUCGAGGCUGUGGACGUCCCGGCUGCUGCUUCCAUGAUGAUGACAUGCCCAGAGCAAGCUUGCAUGCAGGUCUAGAAGCUCGGUGUUUGUUUGUUGAUGUUUUGCGGAAUGUGAUUACUUAUAUAUUUCUUGUCCAGUACGUGAGAUUCGGGAAGAUAGUUAGAGACAAGAUAUAUUGUAUAAUAUCUGCAUAAACAUAUUGAAUAAGAUAAAAAUAGGUUUUGUUAACUUUUGGUCGACUAAGAAUUAACUGAAUUAUUA